AUGUUGAGAGCUUUUACCAGAUCAUUCACAUCUACCAUUCCUAAGAAGAAUUUUGCCAAUGGUCAAUUGUUUGGCAGGGUCGGAAAUGUAGACUUUAAAGAGUCGGCAAAUGGAGUCAAGUAUGUCAGAUAUUCCUUAGCUGUCAACAAGUUCAGAAAAGGUGAAGAAGCCCUCACUGAUUGGUACAACAUCACUAUCUUUGACGAAGAGGAAUUGCAAAAGGCAGAAAAAGUAUUGAGAGUUGGAAACAAGAUGAUUGUUGAUGUAACAUUAAGACUUGACAAAUUUGAAGAUCCAGAAACAAAGAAACCUCAAACUAGAACCUCCCUUAUUCAAAAACAUGCUGAAAUUGUGCAAUGGGGUAAGAAAACAGACGAGGAUAAAGCUGAAGCUACUGAGUAG